AUGUCUUCAUCUGUGUACAGAACAUCGUCUAGCCCUUCGAGAUCUUCAAGAUCACCGACCCCAAGCACACCCACAACCACCGUCACGAACGUGCGUCGAUCUGGUCGGUCUAGAAAGGCACCCGUGACAUAUGAGCUCAAGGCCUUAUUUGGACUCGACAAAGAAUCAAACGACACUCCAAACCACUCUGAAAGAGAGACAUCGUCUCCUGCGUCCGAUGCUCCGCAACGAGCUACGUUGCAUGAAUUUUCUGUUGCGAGUCAGACUGAGCGUGGGCCUUGGCAUAACACAAACAUUUCAAAGCUGCUAUGGACUCGAGCACUACGAGGUGCGCGGUCUAGCCACGACGAUAUUCGUGCGACAGUGAGCUCAAACCUCAAGCUAUCGAAGUGGUGGAAGGGUGCUUCGAACGAUGUGAGCGCUCUCGCGUGGUCACCCGACGGCACCAAGUUUGCAGCAGGCGCCACCACCCAGCCUGAUGAGUACAAUCGCAAAAACAACCUGGUGUUCGGUGAUCUUUUACAGAAUACCCUGCAUGAGCUGCCUGACCAUAAUAUCCCUCGGAAAUCUAACAUAGCAGAUGAGCGUCUUUUCGCAACUCUCUCUGCUAUCCAAUGGGUUGGCCAGCGGCUCUAUACAUCAAGCUACGAUCAUACGGUGAAGAUUUGGGACACUGAUACUACCCCUUUUUGCGUUAGAACGCUUAAGCAUGACUCUAAAGUUCGAGUGAUGGCUGUUUCAAACUUAAUGCCUAACCUCCUAGCAACCGGGACGGAGCAGGCAUUCAGCUUAUGGAGGAAUCCGGAUAAGGAUGGCCAGGAACCUGAGUCGCUAAAAAUUUACCGUGACCCUCGCCAGAAAGCUAAUAUCGUGCUUGAACCGACGGUCCUAGCGUGGGGACCGAAUGCAGCGACAGAGCACUACUUGGCCGGAGGUAUGGGAGAACGCGGCGGUGAUGAAUUCAAGGUUUCGCUAUGCGGCCAGCUCAGCAUGUGGAGGGUAACCGAAUCCUCUAUUGAGAGACGGAAAGUUCGGCCCGACUCGCAAAAUAUCUUCGACCUCAAGUGGCAUCCUUCUAUGCGAAGGUUCGCGACCGCGAGUACCUACAGCCAGUCCAUGGGGCUUCCUCUGCGCACCCGGUCCGUGGUUCAAAUUUACGAUAUCUUGUCCGAUGAUAAAUUCAAAGUCACUAGUCAAUUCGCCUGUUCCGCUUUGGAUAUGAACGAUGUCACAUUCUGUCCGAUGGACACGACCUAUAUCACAGCAAGCUGUACAGAUGGCAGUACCUAUGUUUGGGAUAACCGUAAUCCCGCAAGAGCUGUCCAUAGGCUUCGACAUGGCACGUCAGUGAAUCCUCUCAAUCCUGACUACUCCCGAGAGGCUACCGACUUCGGCGUCCGAGUGGCUCUCUGGGGCACAACCAUCGACCAAUUCUACACCGGUGGCUCUGAUGGGUGUCUUAAGCAAUGGGAUAUCCGUCGGUCCACAGAAGAUGCACUGGUGGCGAACAUCACGUGCCUGGAUGAGGGUAUCAUGAGCGGCGCGUUUUCGCAGGAUAAGUCCCAGCUCCUUCUUGGCGACUUCGCAGGAGGAAUUCAUGUGCUGUCCUGUGAACAAUCUUCGGAUCCUGAACCGCUCGACUUCAGGCCUGCCCCCGAGCCGUCGUCUGCCGAAGAGCCGGCCGUGCCUCUUGCCAACGAGCUUCUAUCCACUGGGCAGCUCACUUUACAUCCCAUAUUUGGACCGGUUCAGGGGCCUUGUUACAAAGGCCCUUAUGCGCCCUGGGCCCGUGGUCUGCCUAAAGACGCUACACAAGUUCAGCACGUCCCCUUGCUGAGCCAAUAUCAGCUUCGCCAGUUUGAUGGCCCCUCACUGGAAGAUCGGCACGAGCUAGAUCAAGAUUCACGCCAGGAGCUUCAGUGCCAUCUCAAUCUCGCGCGUGCCCGCCACGCCCGCCAUACCCAAUCUGGGGCCGCUCCUCAGUCGAGUGAGAACGACCGGAAGCGGAGGCGUGAUGACCGGACUAGCAAUUCCGAUGGUGGUGAAGACAACGAUCCCAUUAUCCUAGACAGUGACCAAGGCCCGUCGUUCAGUCCGGCUCAGAAGAAAACAGACAAUCCAAAAAGGAAAGUCAAAUCAAUGGACCUAAAGGAUCGGGAGAAGAAGAAGAAGAAAAAGAAGAAGAACAAAUCACACGUGAUCACACGAGUUGAGAAUGCAAUCAUCGAUUUGACGGUGGACUCUGAUCGUGAAUCACAGCCAGCUUCCUCGAGCCCGGCGCCGCACCAACAGGGCCCUCCGCUUCUCGCUACACUGAAGGGCUUGAAAGAAGAAUCAGAGGAUGAGGACGAGGACUAUUGGUGGCCCGAUAGCAGACAGGUUGACGCCAACCUUAGCCACGAUGAGGUCUUCUGA